AUGAAUACAACGCCUGUUCAGCUUAAUGAUCGAACUGCAACUGAAAAUGAGAAGAAUGAACAUUUCAUGCAUGCAUUUCAUUGUUUUUUCGAAUUAUUUUCAAAGCCUACUUUCAUCAAUCGGAGUCAAAUGAUGUAUAAUAUUAAGUAUUUGAGUAAGUGUGACAGUAAAUCAUCAUUUUGUCAAUCAUCGAUAUCAAACAGUAUAAAUGAUGACUGCAAACUGUCCGAUACUACUGAUAAUACUACUUUUAAGAAUAACGAAACGACAAAUUUAAAUACUGAUUAUGAUAACAAUAAUAGUAAUAAUAUAAAUCAAGGAAAUAGUAGUAUCUGCAAAGACAGGCAUCAAUCAUCGGUCUUAACAGGAUUUCAGCAAGGCUUCACGAAUCCAUUCAUCAUUCCUCAAUAUCCUUCGAUCAAAAACUGUCAAAAAUUUGUCGAUACAGUGAAUAUGGACGAAAACACAUGUGAAAUUCCCUUAGACUUAAGCAUGCCAUCUACUGUGCACAAACGAGUAACACAAUCAACAAAUACUACUACCCGAUCUACUACACUGUAUAAUCACAAGAGCAAUGAUGAACAAUGGACAUUUUGUCAACUAAAUUGUGAAUAUACUCAAGAAAAUGAGCGCAUUAGUAACAAUAUUCAUAAUAAUGAUUCAUUUAACCAAUUACAUUCAUCUUGUGAAUUCAACACGAAAAGUAAAAAGUGUUGUAAACGUUUUAUGAGUGAAAAAGAUACCCGUAUGAGUGCUGCUGCUGUUGCUGAUGAUGUUGAUCGAAUUGGUAAUGUGAAGAAUCACUGGAAGCGAAAUCACUUCACUGAUAUUGAUAUAAAUCAACGAAUGGCGUAUUUUAUUCAGUGGAACAGACAAUCUAAUCAAUUAGAACAGUCAUCAACUGUCACAUCGUCGUCAACACUGACAACCACCACCACCACAACAACAACAACAACAACAACAGCAACCACACGAUCCAUACCAAAAGUCAACUACACUGAAUGUAGUCCAUCUGGUAAACAACCAGUAACUCGAUGUAAUCAUUGUCAUGUUGUAUUUUCAUCUUUAAAUGAAUUAAAUAAUCAUUUUCUGACAGAGCAUAAUGUUAUACUGCAAGCUGAAAUGGAGCAUACGAAAUCAUGGAAAUCACAUACAAUAGAUGACAGCUGUUUGAAAGUAUGUUUAUCGAAUCUCGUCAUUUUUGUAUUAAAGGCACAUAUACAUGUCUGUGUAUGUAAUGUUAUAGAUCUCUGA